AUGCUUUCACACACAAGAAUGGCUGACAAACCAGAAGCAGUCGCGAAAGCGGCGGAGAUCACCGCCCAAGGCGAAAAGGUUCGAGAAUUGAAGACUGCCAAAGCGGAGAAGAAUGAUAUUGACCAGGCCGUCAAGAUCUUGCUUUCUCUCAAAGCUGAGUACAAAGAAAUCGCUGGAUGCGACUACGGUCCACCAAAAAAGGAAAAGAAGCAAGUCGAGCAAAAAGUAAACUUGGAAAAACAGAAAGAAAAGGAGGCCAAAAAAGCAGCAAAGAAAGCUAAGGCAGCUGAGCUUCGAGCGAAAGAAAAGGCCGAGAAAGGGAUCAAAGAAGAUGCAAAGCCUCAGAAAUCUACCGCAAAAGUUCAAGAUGAUACAGAAGAGAGCAUAAAGAAUUACGGCGAUUAUGGAGUUAUCAACUCAUCUGAAGUCAUUGACAGAGAUUUCGCUUCUGUUGGUUCUUUGGAUGAAAAGAUGGACAAGAAAUCCGUGUGGGUGCGCGCUCGAAUUCAUAACUCAAGAGCUCAAGGAUCCGCCAUGGUUUUCUUGACUCUGCGAGAAAGUCAAUACACUUGCCAAGCUCUUCUCCUUGCUGAUAUCGAGAAGGGAGUGUCAAAGCAAAUGUUAAAAUAUGCAGCGUCGCUAUCAAAAGAAUCGAUCAUCGAUAUUCACGCUGACGUCGUAAAGAGCCCAACUAAAAUUGAGAGCUGUUCUCAGAAAAAUGUAGAACUCAAGGUCAAGAAACUCUUCGUCGUUUCAAAGUCCUUGCCGAUCUUGCCCCUUCAAAUCGAAGAUGCCUCUCGCCCAGAAAAGGCUGACGGGGAGCCAGAUGACGGCCUCGUCCGAGUCAACCCUGAUACUCGUUUGGACAAUCGUGUUUUGGAUCUUCGGACAACAACGAAGCAUGCUAUUUUCCGAAUCCAAGCUGCAGUUUGCCGUCUCUUCCGAAAUCAUUUGUCCGAAAAAGGCUUCACGGAGAUCCAUACUCCAAAGAUCAUUUCUGCAGCUUCAGAGGGCGGUGCGAAUGUUUUCACUCUUUCAUACUUCAAGCGUGAUGCUUUCCUUGCGCAGAGUCCACAGCUUUACAAGCAGAUGGCAAUCGCUGCCGAUUUCGACAAAGUGUUCACUACCGGUGCUGUUUUCCGAGCUGAGGACUCCAAUACUCAUCGGCACUUGACGGAGUUCGUCGGCCUUGACAUGGAAAUGGCUUUCAAAUAUCAUUACCACGAAGUUCUCCGAGAAAUUGGCGAUACUUUCAUCGCCAUCUUCAAAGGUCUUCGUGCGGAGUGUCAACGAGAAGUCGCGACUGUCAACGAGCAGUAUCCGAGAGACGAGUUCGAGUUCCUUGAGCCUUCUCUUGUCCUUGAAUUCCCGGAAGCUCUCAAGAUGCUCCGAGAAAACGGCGUCGAAAUCGGCGACGAGGAUGAUUUGAGCACUCCCGUUGAGAAGUUCCUCGGCAAGCUAGUCAAAGAAAAAUACAAUACUGAUUUCUACAUUUUGGACAAGUACCCACUCGCCGUGCGUCCUUUCUACACUAUGCCUGAUCCAUCUGAUCCUCGAUAUUCCAACUCAUACGACAUGUUCAUGAGAGGAGAGGAGAUCUUGUCGGGCGCCCAACGUAUUCACGAUCCCGACCUUCUCAUUGAAAGAGCACUUCAUCAUGGAAUCAACUUAAAACACAUUGAUGCUUACAUCGAAGCCUUCAAAUACGGUUGUCCUCCCCACGCUGGUGGUGGAAUCGGUAUGGAGCGAGUGACGAUGCUCUACUUGGGUCUUCAUAAUAUUCGAAUGGCGUCGCUAUUCCCCCGAGAUCCCAAGCGAUUGACUCCCUAG